AUGGAUCCUAAUGAUAAACAUUGGGGAGAAGGUAGUGUUCCUGUUGAUACUGGAAGAUAUCAGAGAUUGGUUGAAAAACUGAUUUAUAUGUCACACACCCAACCUGAUAUUGCUUUCUCAGUUAGUAUAGUAAGUCAAUUUAUGACUUCUCCUUACGAGGAACAUCUUGAGUCAGUCUAUAAGAUACUGAGAUAUUUGAAGGGAAAGCCUGGUAAAGGCUUACAUUUUAAGAAAACUAGUGAAAGAAAUGUGUCUAUCUUCACUGAUGCUGAUUGGGCAGGGUCAGUCACAGAUAGAAGAUCAACCUCUGGAUGUUGUACCUAUGUUUGGGGUAAUCUUGUAACAUGGAGGAGCAAGAAACAAGGAGUUGUAGCAAGAAGUAGUGCAUAA